CCCAAAAGGGGUUAAUUUUGAUCCAAUAAUUUUAUGGUUUGGUAGUAAUGACUAUGGUUUAGGCAAAAACACAAGUUUACUUCUAAACUCUGGCACAAAAAACUUUUAGUUUUGAAGAACCCACCAACCGGGCCAAAUAGUUGUUGCAUCUUCUCUUGACUCCAGAAAUCCUCAUUCAAUUUACUCAAAAGACUUGAAAAAUUCAAAAUUAAAAUGUGCAGAAUUACGCUUAUCUUUAAUCUUGUAUAUGUAUAUAUAUGUGCACAUUUCACUGUCUCAGCCAUAUGCAUCUUCAACAAUCUCCACUCAUUCAAGAAAAACCUUCAGAAAGCAAAACCAACCAACUUAACCAAUGGAACUUUCACUUUCUUUUGGACCCUUUUCUCUACUCUUCAUGAUUUUGGUAUUCUCUAUUGGGAACACUAGUAUUAUUCAUGCAAGUAGUGACUCUUAUUUAACACUUGACUACUAUGCUUCUACUUGUCCCACUGUUUUUGAAAUUAUAAGAAAAGAGACUGAGUGUGCUGUGCUUUCUGAUCCCCGAAGCGCGGCCUUGAUAGUUCGAUUACAUUUUCAUGACUGUUUUGUUCAGGGAUGUGAUGGUUCAGUGUUGUUAGAUGACACAGUGACCUUAAAAGGAGAGAAGACAGCUUCUCCUAACAUACACUCUUUGAAAGGUUUUGAUCUCAUUGAUGGGAUCAAGAACAUGGUUGAAUCAGAGUGCCCUGGAGUUGUCUCAUGUGCGGAUAUUCUCACUAUUGCAGCAAGAGAUGCUGUCAUUCUGGUUGGUGGACCUUACUGGGAUGUUCCAGUUGGAAGAAAGGAUUCCAUCACUGCUAAUUAUGCACUUGCAGACACAAAUAUUCCCACAGCAAAUGAGGGCCUUAUUCCUAUCAUUAGCAAAUUUAUGUAUCAAGGCCUCUCUGUUAAAGAUAUGGUAGCUCUUGCAGGAGCUCACACAAUUGGAAUGGCAAGGUGUGAGAAUUUCCGGGACCGGAUUUAUGGCGAUUUUCGAGCAACUUCAGGGUUGAAUCCUAUCUCAGCAUCAUAUCUUAGUAGCUUGAGAUCCAUUUGCCCACCAAUUCAUGGAGGUGAGAACAACAUAACAGCUAUGGACAAUGUCACACCUAAUAUUUUUGACAACUCAUUCUAUCACACUCUACUCAAAGGAGAAGGACUACUAAGCUCUGAUCAAGAAAUGUAUUCAAGUAUGUUUAGUAUCCAAACUAGAGAGCUUGUGAAGUUGUAUGCAACUGAUCCACUAGCUUUCUUCAAUCAAUUUUCUGAAUCAAUGGUCAAGAUGGGAAACAUUACCAAUUCAGAGAGCUUUGCUAAUGGAGAAGUGAGGAAAAAUUGCAGAUUUAUCAACACUUAAUUAGAUUAGUUGCCAUUUGGUAUUUAAAUUUCAAAAUCUAUGUAAAACAACAGGUGGGGUUUGAUUGUUUUUUUUUUUUUUCCUUUUUUGGUCUCAUUAUUCAUUCUAAAAGCACCACAAAAAAUGUGCAUCUCUUUCUGUAUUAUUUCGAAAAAUUUAUUGUUGUAUUACUUUGUAAAAGAAUUAUACUGGAAUGAAACCCACAUUAGAAUUAUGCUCAAUUAUUUCUUGAUUAUCUCUCCUAAUUUGAAGAAAAAGGUGAGAAA